AUGCCCUCCGUUAAAAAGAAGCUAGCUGUCGCUGAUGUGUUUGCGGGAGACUCUGAAGAUGACCAAACGUUUUACGGCUUCUCUGAUGGUGAACUCGACGACAAUGUGAGUAACUUCUCUCAAAAUAAACCUUUCUCUAAACAAAAUUAGGGAAUAUAAUUAACCUACAAUUUGUUUUUACCUGAUUUAUCGGCAUUUACUUAUUUGGUGUCAAAAUGAGGAAUCCCAGCCCUCAAAUGAUUCGACAUACGACAUUAUGGCUGGUCGGUGCAGGGGGUCGGUUGGUUCUUUCUGACUUUAAAGCUACUUGGAGACCAAUCUAGUUUCUUAACCAUACCUCAGAGCAUUGACCUAAUAUAUAGGGGAGAGUGGGGUAAGUUGAGCCACCCCCUGUUGCGGCUCUUGUUGAGAACCGGUUCCAAAUGGUUAAAUCCAUCGACAUCAUUUACAUUUUACCUUAAUGAUUCCCGUAACGAUUCCUUUCUGCCUUGAUUAUUUUUAGACUCUCACUGAAGAUUGCAUACAUCUUUAUCUGUUAUCAGAGACUCAAUAAAAUUUUGAGGUAAUGGUGAAAACCUGUAGCCUACUUUUUUUUAUUUAAUCAAAGAGAGGCAUUGAUAAGGGAAUCGUUAAAGAAUUGAAUCGAUAAGCAGAAUCGAUAAUGGCAUCAAAAUUGAUCAAAUCUUAUCAAUUCCCAUCCUUAUGUAGUGAUCCGAAAUAUGAAAAAUGGCUCAUCUUACCCCACUCUCCCCUAUAUACAUUUUUAAGCAUUGUGGUUGCAUCAAUGCACCAAAUGUCGACUGAGAAAUCAUCUUUACUUCUUUUUCUUUAGUCAAAUUUAGAGGAUGAAUCUGAAUCUCAACCCGAGGUUUCCCCCAAGAGAAGGAAAACUACGUCCAAACCAUCUUCACGAGCACAACCCUUCAAGCUGAAGGUGGCUCUCCGCUCCACUCGCUCUACCCGGCAGUCCACGGAUGAAGAGGAGGAGGAGUCGGAAGAGGAAGUAAGAAGUCUCAAACGAGGAAUGAAGAGGGCAGGACAUGCUGUGCAUGCCAAGAGGAGAAGACAGGUUAAAUUCAAACUUGAAGAUGAUGAUGAGACAGAAUUGCCUCAGUCAUCUCCGAGUAAAGAUCCUGGAUCCGAUCCAGAAGAGGAUGAAGCAGAAUCUUUCUUGGCCAAAAGAAAACAGAACAUUGAGGCCAACAAAGCUAUGGUAAACCACAAACACAUCACCACAUACAGAAGGUACAUUAGAAUACUUUUUGAUAAAGCGACUGAGUAUCAAAGUAUUUCAACUUCAACUCUUUCAGUGUGCCUGUUGAAUGCACAAAGUAUAAUUUUCUUAGGCUGCUCACAAGCUUUCAUAAAUAUGAAUUUUGCCUGAGUUGUUGGUUGCAGGAAUCUUGAGUUAAGUCCUGAAUGUCGUGACUUCAGGUUUGACUUUCAGGUUGGAAAGAAAAACUUAAUUUGUGAUAACACUUAUGACUCACAUCUUUACUUACACUGUAUUCUCUUGAUGUAGAAUUACUUGGUAAAGUAGCUCAAUUGUUUAUGCAAAACCAUUGUCUGAAAACUAUAAAGCCAACCUUUGCCACACAUUUGCUUUAGUCUGAAUUAUACUGAUUGAAACCUGUUGGUGAAAUGUUUGACAAAGUAUUAUAUCACUGCAGAGAUACUUUCAGUAUCACAUGUCACCAACUAUACCUUUCCAGAACGAGUCUCGGUGUUUUCCAGCGUUCAUGUAUCAUUGUUUUGACCCUCCUUCUUUUCUCACAGUUGGCUCAGCUGAUGGCAGACCUGCAGAAGAUGCCAGGAGGGGCCGGCCUUCUGAAAACACAAUCUAACAAAAAGAAGACAAAAGAGAAAAGUUCUGUGAGUGGGUGAAGUGGACUGUAAAAAACACUCUUUCUUGAACACUAGUUAUUGUUGUCUCUAGUGAUAUUAGACAUUGGGGACAGAAAUGUUGCCAUUUUGACAUUUGAAGCAGGGGCGCAAGAUACUGGACUUUAAUAUUGAUGUGUUAUCCUUUACAUACCUAAUUUUCUUCAUUACUAUCAAGUCUCACCUGUACUAGAACUUACCUGUUACACAAACUGUGAUGGUCUAAACAGACUUAAAGCAAGAUUUACACUUAAUUCCACCUCACAUAAACAUAUUUUUUACAACCCAGACAUCCAAUAAUGUUGUCGGUUUCUGACACCUCAACACUUCCUGUGGUGCCACUGGCCUAGCAGUCUACCUGGGUGCCCCAUAUAUAGUUGGCAUACCUCAAGUGGGCAUCCCAGGUUUUAUUCUAGCCAGUGGCCUCUUUCCUAUACGUCCCUCUCUGCUUUUUUCCCUCAUCCUCUCUAUGGAAAAAGGCAAUUAAACCUGACGAUAUAAAUCAGGAUUGGGUUGAGCUCUGAAAAACUGUAUGUCCUGAUUGAUUGAUGUGCUGAGAUGAUUUUUUUUUUUUUAUCAAACACCUGCAGCGGCCACCACGCUCAGGGGGAGAGUCAAGGAGGAACCCCGAACGAGCAUCUCGCAGACUUACUCGCUCCAUGGGGGGAGUUGAAGACCUUGUAGUGCCUAAGGAGGAGGAAGAGCUGGAGCUCAGCCUCGAGGAUGAGCUGCUGAAGGUUAGCUUCAUCACUUAUGUGUGUGUAUAUGUAUAUGUUUUAAUAUGAUGAGGAGCCUUUACAGCCCAUCAGUGAUGAUUGGGACAUUUUGCACUGAAGCCAAAACACUUCUCUAAAAUCAAAUUUAUUUUAUUUAUGAAGUGUUUUUAUCACACUAAAUGAUAGCUAAAUGAGCUACCCCUCCAAAUUAGAGAAGCCCCCACACUGUCCAUUUUUAAAAGUCGUCUUAAAACCCAUUUUUAUUCAUUGGCUUUUAACCCUCCAUGAGACUCGGCUCCUGUUUUAGUGUUUUAUGGUUUGUUUUUUAGUUAUUUGUUUCUACAUUUUUAAAUUAGUUUUUAAAAGCAUUGAAACAAUACUUUUAAUUCUGCUUUUAUUUUAUCCAUUGUUUUAAUUGUUUUUUGAUUGUUUUUUAUCUUGUUGUUUUGGCUAGUUAUGUACAGCACUUUGUACAGCUGUGGUUGUUUUAAAGUGCUUAACAAAUAAAGUUGAGUUGAGUUGAGUUGAGAUAAAUUUGUGUUUUGUCAAGAAUGGAGAAACUUUUUGCUUCAUGGAAAACAGAAAUUACAUGUCAUAAGUAGUACUGAUAACUUGUAAAACACAAAAUAUUUCAAAGCAGUCUGUCAUGCAGUAGUAGGAUUUUGGUUUUGGGUCAAGAAGAUGAAGAACUUCAGGAAGAAGAAGAAGAAAAACUUUGUUGAUCCCCAAAGGGAAAUUCAAUUCAUAGUACUAUCUUGCUGUUGCCCAAAACCACAGUAUACAGAUAUUUUUAAAUAUUUAAUAGAAUAAGAAUUAAGCAUUGAAAUCAGAUUCUUUGUAUGUCUAUCAAGGUGUUAAAACAUUUUUUGUGUGCUUUAGGUACACAGAUCCCCACAGCGCAGAAGUGCCCCACGCCCUUAUCGGGGGAAGAGUCAUGUAAUUCGUCCUGUUGAGGACAUCACAGAGGAUGAACUUCAGCUGGUUUCUGAAAACAUGACCGAUAAGGUCUACAACAGAGUUACAGUAAGUUAACAGUGUGAUCAAACCUGCUGGUCUUUAGAAGUUGGAUAUUUUAGAAUGAUACAAAAUAGUUAAAGGCUUGUGUAGAUAUCAGGUUUGUAGCCAGAAAACCACAAGACUGUGGCAUCUUUGGUUCAGAGUUAAGAUGAAAUCAUCAGUCAGUCAGGAGGCAGUCUCUCCUAUCUUGGUGCUGUCCUUUGAAACAUUAUAAACGGUCAUAUAAAAUGUAAAUGAACCUGUCCACUUUCUCAGCAUAAAUGGUUUCUGUGUGUGAUAUUUUCCAGGGAUCCACAUGCCAUCAGUGCCGUCAGAAAACCAUUGACACUAAGACAUGCUGCCGCAGCGAGGACUGUCAGGGGAUCCGGGGUCAGUUCUGUGGGCCGUGUCUGAGGAACAGAUAUGGAGAGGAUGUCAGGAAAGCGCUGCUUGAUCCAGUAAGACUGUCCAAACACGAACACACAAGAUUAUUACGUAGAGUUUGAGCGUUUAGUUUCAUGAAGUGUUGUCUGCUGUUUUCUGAGCUGAUUGUAUGAUGUGAAGAAUGAACAGCACAGAAAACAAAGCUAGUUUACAACUCUGUCUUCAGGUUAGUUUUUUCACCAGUCCGUUUUCUCCUCAGGAGUGGAAGUGUCCUCCCUGUAGAGGUAUUUGUAACUGCAGUUUCUGCCGCCUGCGGGAGGGCCGCUGCCCAACUGGCAUCCUGUUUCCUCUCGCACAGUACCACGGCUUCUCUGAUGUCCACUCCUACCUCAGCAGGUGAAGGAAUUCAAAGUUAUACAGAGGCUUUCAAGUCACUGUUGAAAUACCAAUAAGACGUUUUUAACCAUUUUAGUUUAUAUUAACAAGUGAUUCAGUGAGGGCUCCUUGGUAAACAACUGGGGGAAAAUAGUUAUUAUACUGCUAAUCGAUCUAAAAUAAUGACAAUGGUGUGGGAACUCACUAACAUCUGCAAUAUAUUCUCUUACAGCCUACGCAACAAAGUUAAGGGUGAGGUUGAUGCAGAGAUGUGAUACCAACACUAGGGGGAGCCAUUGUUCUUAAUUUUCUGUGAACAUUUUGAAUUUUUUUUUGUUCCAU